AUGCAGACAUCCGCAAUUCACCUCGGAUUGUUUAUCGCUUUUUUUUUUAUAUUUUUGUUUUCUCCCCCUUUCUUUUGGAAUUGUCAAGAGUCGAUUGAAAUAUUGAUCGUGCGAGUUUCAUCCAAUGUCUUCUAUCAGCGACGCAUCGCUUCUUCGACGUCACUUCUGGCCUUUUGUUCAGGACGAGAUCCAAUCCUAUCAAUUGUCUCUUUGCUGCAAUUUUUCUUUUACUCUGCGCGAUUUGUCAAUUCUUUUCCUAAUAUUUCCUUCCCCUUCUCCUUUUUACUCUUCUUCUUCUUCUUCUUCUUCUUCUUCUUCUUCUUCUCUUUUACAUCAUUUUCCACAUUUAUUAUCUACUUUUUGCAAACGGGAAGAAAUAUAAACUUCCCAAAUGCGUGUAUAAUUAAUUCGACGUAUUCAUACAUACAUACAUUAUCUAUCUAUCUAUCUAUCUAUCUAUCUAUCUAUCUAUCUGAAAAGUACACACACACACAUAUCUGCCGCACUCUAUCUAUCUAUCUAUCUAUCUAUCUAUCUAUCUAUCUAUCUAUCUAUCUAUCUAUCUUUGUUUUUCUAUCUUCAAACGUUUCAAAUAUCUUACUGUUUUUCUUUUCUUUCCCUUGUCCUUACACUAUUCCUAACAUCUAUCUAUCUAUCUAUCUAUCUAUCUAUCUAUCUAUCUAUCUAUCUCCUUGCACAUUUAACUCAACAAUAAUACUACCUGCAUUUGCUACAUCGAUAUUUGCAUUCGGCUAUAUUCCUCUUUUAUUGGCACUUCAGUCCGUAUCUAUCUAUCUAUCUAUCUAUCUAUCUAUCUAUCUAUCUAUCUAUCUAUCUAUCUAUGUUUAUGCCAAUAGCUAUCUACUUAUCGAUCUAUAUUUACAUGAAUAUCUAUCUAUUAUUAUAUAUUUAUAUCUAUGUUCAUAUCUCUUUUUCUCUUCAUAUUGGCCAUUUCCUUAUAUUCCCAUCUAUCUAUCUAUCUAUCUAUCUAUCUAUCUAUCUAUCUAUCUAUCUAUUUUACAUCAAUAUCUAUCUACUUAUCUAUCUAUAUUUACAUCAAUAUCUAUCUAUCUAUCUAUCUAUCUAUCUAUCUAUCAUUAUAUAUGUAUGUUCAUAUCUAUCUUUUCUGUUUCUAUCUAUCUAUCUAUCUAUGUUUACAUAAAUAUCUAUCUAUAUUCAUAUCUAUCUUUGUCCCUUCAUAUUUGUGCCUCUAUCUCAGUAUGUUCACAUCUAUCUAUCUAUCUAUCUAUCUAUCUAUCUAUCUAUCUAUCUAUCUAUCUAUCUAUCAAUCUCACUACACGGCAGCACGAGAAACAAACAAAAAGUGUUAAAGAAAGAAUAUCUUGUACAAGAGAGAUCCAGGCUGGGAAAGUAAAUGGACAAUGGCGUCAAACACAGCCUCUUCGUUUCUUUUUUUCUUUAUUUUGA